UUUGCUCCCGCCUUCGGCCGGCAGCUCCCAGAGGUUGCUCUCCCAGCUAGCAAGCUGCGGUCGGGGAUGCCCUAGUGGGAGGCUCUUGUUCCUGCCUUUCAGGAAAGUGCCUAGCCAUCACGCGGCGCGCACACCCACCACUUGUCCUCUUUCUAGGCACCGCGCGAUUUUUCUCUUUUUUUGUCGGUGAAGUAACUUUUGCAUUCCCGCCUCCCCCCCCUGGUCCCAGGGACCAGAGGCGGCGCCGAGCCUGGGGGCGGUUCCUUGGCAGCGCUGGUUCAAGUCGCAGCCAGACUUUUGCUCCUGGGCUCGGUUUGCAUCAUCCCCAUCACACCCUCGGGGAAGAGGAGCCGGCCCCCUUUCCAGCCUCAGCUUCCGGCCGAGCCACCCCUCCCCCUUCAGGUCCCCCCACCCCGGCCCUUUCUCCCACCCUCCCCAGCACAGCACCCUCUCCACAGUGCUCGCUGCCCCUCGCUGCCCUCCUUCAUCCCUUGUUGGAUGUUGCCCACUCCUUAAGGAAGGAUGGUUGAUUUGGAGAGCGAAGUGCCCCCUCUGCCCCCCAGGUACAGAUUCCGGGAUUUGCUGCUAGGGGACCAAGGCUGGCAAAAUGAUGACAGGGUCCAAGUUGAAUUCUACAUGAAUGAAAACACAUUUAAAGAGAGAUUAAAAUUGUUUUUCAUAAAAAACCAACGAUCAAGUCUAAGAAUCCGCUUGUUCAACUUUUCCCUCAAAUUGUUAAGCUGCUUAUUAUACAUUAUCCGUGUGCUGCUUGAGAAACCUUCACAGGGAAAUGAAUGGUCUCACAUAUUUUGGGUUAACCGAAGUCUACCUUUAUGGGGCUUACAGGUCUCUGUGGCAUUGAUCAGUCUAUUUGAAACAAUACUUCUUGGUUAUCUCAGUUAUAAGGGAAAUAUCUGGGAGCAGAUUUUACGAAUCCCAUUCAUCUUGGAAAUAAUUAAUGCAGUCCCCUUCAUUAUCUCAAUAUUCUGGCCUACCUUAAGGAAUUUAUUUGUUCCAGUUUUUCUAAACUGUUGGCUUGCCAAACAUGCCUUGGAAAAUAUGAUUAAUGACCUUCAUAGAGCCAUUCAGCGUACACAGUCUGCAAUGUUUAAUCAAGUUUUGAUUUUGAUAUCUACAUUACUAUGCCUUAUCUUCACUUGCAUUUGUGGAAUUCAGCAUCUGGAACGAAUUGGCAAGAAACUCAAUCUCUUUGACUCUCUUUAUUUCUGCAUUGUCACAUUUUCUACCGUGGGCUUUGGGGAUGUCACUCCUGAAACAUGGUCCUCCAAGCUUUUUGUUGUUGCUAUGAUCUGUGUGGCUCUCGUGGUACUUCCUAUACAGUUUGAACAAUUGGCCUAUUUGUGGAUGGAGAGGCAAAAGUCAGGCGGAAACUAUAGUCGGCACCGAGCACAGACUGAGAAGCAUGUUGUCCUAUGUGUCAGCUCAUUGAAGAUUGACUUGCUUAUGGAUUUUUUAAAUGAAUUCUAUGCGCAUCCCAGACUACAGGAUUAUUAUGUUGUGAUUUUGUGUCCCACGGAGAUGGAUGUGCAAGUUCGGAGGGUGCUACAGAUUCCAAUGUGGUCUCAGAGAGUGAUCUACCUUCAAGGCUCCGCCCUUAAAGAUCAGGAUCUUCUGAGAGCAAAGAUGGACAAUGCGGAAGCCUGUUUCAUUUUGAGUAGCCGCUGCGAAGUGGACAGAACGUCAUCUGAUCACCAAACAAUUUUGAGAGCAUGGGCUGUGAAAGAUUUUGCUCCAAACUGUCCUUUGUAUGUUCAAAUACUAAAACCUGAAAAUAAAUUCCACAUCAAAUUUGCAGAUCAUGUUGUUUGUGAAGAAGAGUUUAAAUACGCCAUGUUAGCUUUAAACUGUAUAUGCCCAGCAACAUCUACACUCAUAACACUACUGGUUCAUACCUCUAGAGGGCAAGAAGGGCAGCAGUCGCCAGAACAGUGGCAGAAGAUGUACGGGAGGUGCUCCGGAAACGAAGUCUAUCACAUCGUUUUGGAAGAAAGUACAUUUUUUGCUGAAUAUGAAGGGAAGAGUUUUACCUAUGCUUCUUUCCAUGCACACAAAAAGUUUGGUGUCUGCUUGAUUGGUGUUAGGAGGGAGGAUAAUAAAAACAUUUUGCUGAAUCCAGGUCCUCGAUACAUUAUGAAUGCUUCAGACAUAUGUUUUUAUAUUAAUAUUACCAAAGAAGAAAAUUCAGCAUUUAAGAAUCAAGACCAGCAGAGAAAAAGCAAUUUGUCAAGGUCAUUUUAUCACGGGCCUUCCAGAUUACCCGUCCACAGCAUCAUCGCCAGCAUGGGUACUGUGGCUAUAGACUUGCAAGACACCAGCUGUAGAGCAUCCAGUGGCCCUACCCUGGCCCUUCCUUCAGAGGGAGGGAAAGAGCUAAGAAGACCUAGCAUUGCACCUGUUUUAGAGGUUGCAGAUACAUCCUCAAUUCAAACAUGUGAUCUUCUAAGUGAUCAGUCAGAAGAUGAAACUACACCAGACGAAGAAACCUCUUCAAAUUUAGAGUAUGCCAAAGGCUACCCUCCUUACUCUCCAUACAUAGGAAGUUCGCCAACUUUUUGUCACCUACUUCAAGAAAAAGUGCCCUUUUGCUGCUUAAGAUUAGACAAGAGUUGCCAGCAUAACUACUAUGAGGAUGCAAAAGCCUAUGGAUUCAAAAAUAAACUAAUUAUAGUUGCAGCUGAAACAGCUGGAAAUGGAUUAUAUAAUUUUAUUGUACCUCUCAGGGCUUAUUAUAGACCAAAGAAAGAAUUAAAUCCCAUAGUUCUGCUAUUGGAUAACCCGCCAGAUAUGCAUUUUCUGGAUGCAAUCUGUUGGUUUCCAAUGGUUUACUACAUGGUGGGCUCUAUUGACAACCUAGAUGAUUUGCUCAGGUGUGGAGUGACCUUUGCUGCCAACAUGGUGGUUGUGGACAAAGAGAGCACCAUGAGUGCAGAGGAAGACUACAUGGCAGAUGCCAAAACCAUUGUGAAUGUGCAGACCCUUUUCAGGUUGUUUUCCAGUCUCAGUAUUAUCACUGAGCUUACUCACCCAGCAAAUAUGAGAUUCAUGCAAUUCAGAGCCAAGGACUGUUACUCUCUUGCACUUUCAAAACUGGAAAAGAAAGAGCGAGAACGAGGUUCAAACCUGGCCUUUAUGUUUCGACUGCCUUUCGCUGCAGGAAGAGUGUUCAGCAUCAGUAUGUUGGACACGCUUCUUUAUCAGUCAUUUGUGAAAGAUUAUAUGAUUUCUAUCACCAGACUUCUGUUGGGAUUGGACACCAUACCAGGAUCGGGUUUUCUUUGUUCUAUGAAAAUCACUGAAGAUGACUUGUGGAUCAGAACAUAUGCCAGACUCUAUCAGAAGUUGUGUUCUUCUACUGGAGAUGUUCCCAUUGGCAUAUACAGAACAGAAUCUCAGAAACUAACGACAUCUGAGUCUCAAAUCUCCAUCAGCGUGGAAGAGUGGGAAGACACCAAAGAUGCUAAGGAGCCUGGGCACCACCGCAGCAUUCACCGCAACUCAACCUCCAGCGACCAGUCAGACCACCCCUUGCUGCGGAGGAAGAGCAUGCAGUGGGCCCGAAGGUUGAGCAGAAAAGGCCCAAAGCACUCUGGUAAAACUGCAGAAAAGAUAACUCAGCAGCGACUGAACCUCUACAGAAGGUCCGAAAGACAGGAGCUUGCUGAACUUGUGAAAAAUAGAAUGAAACACCUGGGCCUGUCUACGGUGGGCUACGAUGAAAUGAAUGAUCAUCAAAGCACCCUUUCGUACAUCUUGAUUAAUCCAUCACCAGACACCAGGCUGGAGCUGAAUGACGUUGUAUAUUUGAUCCGACCCGAUCCACUGUCCUACCUUCCGAACAGUGAACCCAGUAGGAAAAACAGCAUCUGCAAUGCUGCUGUUCAAGAUUCUCGGGAGGAAACACAACUCUGAUGAAAAGAAAAUAAGAGACUUUAUUUUCCCUACAGGAUCUUGCUUGAAAUCACUAAAGGGUUGCAGAUGGUCCCAAGAACCUGACUGGAAUGUAUUCAAUUCUCACUUUUCUUGUAUUUAGAAACAAAAUUUAUUCUCUUAGUAGUACAGAUCAUUUUGAGACCUAAAGUGGUAUUUAUUGACAUUCCUCUGGUUAAUAUUUAAAUUUCAUCAGUGGGAGAUUCUGAAAAUAAACAUAAGAUGCAGAAGUUAAAAAUAUGAUCUUUAAUUCUUUAAGAAUAAUCAGAACUGUAGGCAGCCAAUUUUAAAUUAUUACGUUAGUAGGAUGUAUGAAAAUUUAAAAAAAAAUCUGCCUAUGUUCAGUAUAUCACAAGGACACAGAAGACUGGUUUUCUUUUGAUAAUUAUUUAUUUCACUAUAUUGUUUUCGAUUACUGUUUCUAAAAUUGAGCCCAUUAAGAAUGUAUUCUUAUCUCUGUCUAGAGAUUAACCACUAACUUAUGUAGCUGACUUCGGUCUAAGCAUCAUAGUUUGCUUCAGAAUAGAUCUUUAGAGUCAUUAAUGUCUGUCUUUCCAUAUGUUAUUGUAUUCAUUACAUAAUCUGUGAUAUCCACAGCAUGUUUAAUUUUACAGAAGAAACUAAAACACAGAAAAAUAUUACGCACCUGAGCUUUUUGGUAAUUUUACAUCUACUGCAGAUUUUGCGCAAGAAAAGUGUACUUAAGAGAAAAUAUUUUUGUUCUCCUAAAUAAUGCCUACCAUAGAAAAAACAAUGCCUAUCUUUUCAGCUAAUAUGAAUGUGAGAACUGGAAUAUUACCUGUAUAUGUCAGAUGAGCAGUAAUGACCUCCGUUACUGUUGGGUUUUAAUGUUUUUCAUUUUACUAUAUAAUAAAAUUCACUAGGAAAAUUAUUUAAAGUUGAAAAAGAGUAUUUAUAUAUUUUAUGGACCAUGGGGACACUUAAAAAACCUUAAGCAUUCUCCAAAUGUCUUUGAUAUUAAAUACUCACACUUAGUUUGAUUUAAUGUAAAAUAAUAAAACAUAUCUAUACCUUAGCAUAAUAAGGAAGAACAUCACUAGCAUAGACAUUCCCUGUGUUUUAAAUUUAAUAUGAACUAUUCAGAAUUUGACAGAAAAUUUUAAUAUUGGAGUGCUUUUUUUUGUCUUUAUUCCCUACUUUUUCCUCUUCAUAAAUGCAUUAAAACUCACAAAAUAAUAAAUACAUUUGGAGUUUAUCAAAUUUCAUAGAGUAGUAAAGUUUUCCCAGGAGAGAUAUAUUGGCACAUUUGCAAACUCAAAAUUCUAAUUUUUAUCUAUUUCUUUAUUCACAAACUUGACACUGAGUGACUGCAACCUACAAUAAUUCAUGUAAUGUUUUUGUUCUUUCUUAUCAUAAUGAAACAGAUCAUAGAAAAGAAAAAGAAAUUCUUUUAGAAAUGACGCCUUAUGUCCUUCUAAUAAUUAUACAGCAAAAUAAGAACAUAAAACAUAAAAUGAAAUUUUCUAUCCAUUUUACAUUUGACAAGAGAAUAUAUAAUGUACUUUUUAUUACCAGUACUUUACAUUACCCAUAAUUAGGAAUAUGAAAAAACAUGAAUUUCCUCAAAACAGAGAGAUGUGCUCUGAUUUUCAGAGAGGUAUGAUUAGAACAUGUUGCCUAAAAUUGACAGCAUGUCUUAAAAGUCAUGAUUGUGUUCAAAGGUGUGUAUUCUAAAAGUGAAAUAAAUUUGAAAAACACACCACGUGAUGUUAAAAUUGAAAGCAGAAUUGAAUUAAUGUAUGUUAGAGACAAAAAUAUAUGAAUAUACUGACUUAUUUCAUUUGGAUAUGAUUAGUCAAAUACGAUAUUUCUUUAGAUUGACAUUUUUUAUUCCAUUGCAGUUCUUUUAGGAAUAAAUGUUAGAUUUUAAAAAGUCUUCUAUUUCGCAAUGAGCUCUGAAGUUUAGUAUUUUUGCAUUAUGACAGUUGCUAAGACUGGGAUUUUAAGCUAGGAUAUGAUUAUAUUUCCUAUAAAACUAAAACUUUUGUUUCUUAAAUUUUAAAAUAAUUAUUUUUGAUUAUGAAUUUUAGUCCAAAUUUAAUAUUUGACAGAAUUCAUAUUGCUUGCUAUAACAAGGAUAAUUUAUAGUCUUUCCAGAUAUUUAAAGAAUAAAAGAUGCUUAUUAAAGACAUUUAAAAAAUUGCUGCCUUUUAACAAUUAUUACACUUGUACAUGAAGAUAAAACAUGAAGUAAUUGUGCUCAUGACCCUUCAGGAAUUUAUUUGGCUUAUUGUCUAUGUAUCAUUUUGCUACCAGUUUCAUUGAAUUGCUUUAAAAAUAAAUAAUAAUAAAAUUCUUUCUUAUGA